UCUUGCAAAUAGCAUACAUACUACCAGCAGUCUUGCAUUGUCAGCUUUUGCAGAACUGCAACGAAAUGAACUCGGUGGUGAAGAUCGGGCCGUUUGGCAGCACGUCCGAGGCCGAGGGCAACCGCGACAUCACCGUUGCGCCGCUGCGCCUAGAGAGCAUCACCAUCCGCUGUGGGUUGAUAGUUGACGCCAUCGCCUUCACCUACAAGGAUUGCCAUGGCCUGCAGCACAGCACAGGCCAAUGGGGUGGCAACGGCGGCAACUCCACAAUGAUUACCCUUGGCCUUGACGAGUUCGUGAAGGGAUGUACGGCUCCUACAGUUACGGCGGCGACGGCAUCACCGGCUUCACCAUCGUCACCAACCUCAGGACCUACGGACCGUUUGGAGUCCGAGACUCCAUCAAGGAACCCAAGUCCUUCGACAUCCCCGUUAUGAACAACGGCAGCAUCGUCGGCUUCUUCGCCCACCGCAACAAUGUCUACGUCACGGCCAUCGGUGUCUACGUCAGGCCCUUCUGAUGAUUGUCCUCUGUGUGGCCAAAUCG